AGCAACCUUGUGACCAAGAGCAACACAAGAUCUUAACUUUGCAUCUUGAGCGGAUCCAGCCGGCAAGUCCAACUAAACUGUCAUGUCAAAAUCAGACAGAGUUGUGUUGGUUCUGGGUGGAGCAGGGACAGUUGGCUCUGGAAUAGUCAAAGCCCUACUGGAUAAAGGUUUCAAAGUUGCGGUAAUCUCGAGAGACAGCAAAAGGCUGGAGAGACUCACAUCAUUCAUCUCUCCCAACACGAAAGACAGACUCAUCACAAUUGUAGGGGACGUGGGCUCAGAGGUUGGAGUGGAGCAGGCGAAACAGGACCUCCUCAAAAAGGUGGGAAAGAUUACAGAUGUCGUUUCCUCUCUGGGGUUCAGUUGGUGGCAGCGAGGACCUCCACAUACCCAGACCCUCAAAGAUCUGCACUGGGUGAUGGAAUCUUUACUUUUUAGUACAUUUGUGUCAUGGAAGGCUUUCUUUCCUUUGGUGAGAGAUGAUUCCAAAUGUACCUACACAUUUAUCACAGGGGGAGCAGGAGAAAAGCUUCUGAUGCACGGUACUGGUUUUCUGACUGUAGGAGCUGCCAGUGCCCUGGCCUUCUGCCAGGUCCUACGAGACGAGUACCCACAAUCACCCUGCAAACUCUACCAAAUGAAGAUAGACACAGGUGUUGCUACAAUGGAGAGAAUGACCCCUGGGUACUUGAAUCACCAGGACCUGGGUGAUGCUGUUGCCAAACUGGUGGAACGACAAAACGCAUCUCACGCCGUUUUCACCAUCAGAUGCCCUGCAGAUUUAAAAUCCGUCUUCUUGGACGAGAACAUUUAAAAUUGAGAAACCCCGCAUAUAGAUAGAUAGAUAGAUAGAUAGAUAGAUAGAUAGAUAGAUAGAUAGAUAGAUAGAUAGAUAGAUAGAUAGAUAGAUAGAUAGAUAGAUAGAUAGAUAGAUAGAUGGAUAGAGAAAAUAUGUCUAGACUCUGAAUAUAAGACGACCCCCACUUUUUCAGUCUUAUUUCAAUGCAAAAAACACAGUCUUAUAUUCGGGCCAAUGCGGUAAUAGUUGUCCCAAAAAAUGAAAAAGAAAUACUCUGAGAAAACCGGAAGUCAUUAUUCUAAAGACUGAAAAAGUUGCACCGUUUAUCAUCAGUGUAAAGACAUCAGAUAA